GCCAUCCUUAGCAGCGAGUGGGAUCCUGAUGCCGAGUUCCCUGACACAGCUGAUGGGAAGGGUGCCGGGGAGCCGCUGUUGGGCACUGGGGUGGAGGAGGAGGCGGAGAUGGCUCUGGCCAUCCAGUAUUCCAUGGAAAACACGCGGCGUGAGGAGGACGAUCUGGCACGCGCCACUGCUCUCUCCCUGCGCUCCUACUACCGGGAGCAGGAGCAGGUGGAGGAGGACGCUGGGCUGCUGGCCGCGCUGGAGGCCUCGCUGGAGGAGGCACUGCUGGCGGCAGACACGGCGCAGGUGACGGUGUUCUGCUCCUUUGAGCGGGACGUGUCGGAGGUGCCGCAGGAGCUGGAGCGGGCGCUGGCGGGGCAGCUGCGGGCGCAGAAGGUGGAGAGCGAGCGGCUGCGGGCGCUGCCGGCCGCCGGCCACCACGCGCUGGCCCUGCUGCAGCGCCGGCACGCUGUGCACCUCAGCCUGCGCGGCAGCACCGCCACACUGCACGGCUUCGCCAAGUACACAGCCGCUGCCGCCCACGACCUCGACGCGCUGCUGCGGCGCCGGCCGCUGGUGGAGCGCAGUGCCACUGCUGUCACCGCUGCCACCACUGGUGCCGCACGCUGGGUGCGCUGGGACGCCUCCGGCACCGUCGUGCCCUACGCCCCUGAGGUGGCAGCGCUGCUGGAGCAGGCCUGGCUGCGCCGGGAGCGCCGGCUGGACCUGGUGCUGGACGGGCGACCCUUCACUGUGGACUUGGAGCGCAUGGAGGAGUACGACAUCGGCAGCGCCCGCGCCGUGCCUGUCUGCCGCAGCCAGCCCCCAACUGAGAGUGCCCGCUGCCUGCUCGGGCUGGAGGUGCCAGGGCUGGAGGAGGAGGUGCGGCUGAUGCCACUGGCCGAGGACUCGGAGGAGUUCGCCGACACUGUGCACCAUUUCUAUGGGACGCUGGAGGAGCUGCACAGCCAGAUCAGCGUUGUGCAGGUGCAGAAGCUGAUCCACCCGCUGCUGUAUAAGCAGUACCAGCUGAAGAAAGGCAGCGUGGAGCGGGCAUGUGCCGAUGGCACCGCUGCGGAGCGCGUUCUCUUCCACGGCACCACCAAGGCCUCCAGCCGUGAGAUCUGCCUGCACGGCUUCAACCGCAGCUUCUGCGGCAAGAACGCCACGCUCUACGGCCGCGGCGUGUACUUCGCAGCGCGUGCGGCCAUCUCAGCGCGGGAUCAGUACUCGCCGCCCAGCGCCGACGGCACCAAGUUCAUCUUCGUGGCCAAAGUUCUGACCGGAGCGUUUGCGGCUGGGCGGCGGGGGCUGCGGGCACCUCCACGGCGGGAGGGGGCCAAGGGCCCCCAGCGCUACCACAGUGUCGUGGACAACCCCCAGCAGCCCGACAUCUUUGUCAUCUUCAACGACACCCAGGCCUACCCCCAGUAUCUGAUCACCUGCCGCCGCAGGGAUCCCCUCUGACCUCCCUGAGCCCCCCGGCACUGUCUUUGCCACGGGAGCACCCCCUGAGCCCCCUGGCACUGGCUCUGCUGGGGGGAGGGUCCUCUUUGACCCUUCUGAGCUACCUGGCUCUGG